UCACCAACCCAUUACAUUACUUCAUCACCAACCAACCAAACGCUGCCAUUCAUUGCUCACCAAACCCCCAUUCUCCUCCUUAUUCAAAGCCUCUGAAGUUUGGAGCUACAACGAUUGCACAACAAUGGGUGGGGAAGGCACCAAGCUCUUCACUUUGGCUGAGGUCGCUGAGCACAGCAAUGUUAAAGACUGUUGGCUUGUCAUUCAUGGCAAGGUUUAUAAUGUGACAAAGUUCUUAGAGGACCACCCUGGCGGCGAUGAUGUCCUGUUGUCUUCCACAGGGAAAGAUGCAUCUAACGAUUUCGAUGAUAUUGGUCACAGCACUAGUGCUGUUUCCAUGAUGGAUGAGUUCUAUGUUGGAGACAUUGAUACAUCAACUAUCCCCUCCAGUGUUAAGUACACUCCUCCAAAACAGCCUCAGUAUAAUCAGGACAAGACAUCAGAGUUCAUAAUCAGGAUCCUCCAAUUUCUUGUCCCCUUGUUUAUCUUGGGUUUGGCUGUUGGUAUUCGAUUCUAUACUAAAUCAACAUAAUCAUUUGUACUGCAAAGGCACUUAACUAUAUUAGUGUUUUUUAUGAGGGGUUGGUAGGAUUUGCCAUGUGGUAUUGUGCUUGUUUUGCUUAAUUUGCUGUAAUCAAAUUGUCUUUCUCAGUCAUUGACUUUCCAAAA